AUGGUUUGCCCUUCUCAUGCCCAUGACUCACCACAAGACUACAUCAAUGCUCACAAUGCUGCUCGAAAACAAAUUGGUGUCCAAAAUAUGAUGUGGGACAACACGGUUGCAGCCUACGCUCAAAACUAUGCAAACUCAAGGAUUGGGGACUACAAUCUGGUGCAUUCAAGUGGUGAUUAUGGGGAGAAUAUUGCCAAAGACACUGGUUCCUUUACGGGGACAGCUACAAUGAAUUUGUGGGUGGCAAAGAAGCCUUACUAUUACUACUGCAACAAUUCUUGUGUUGGGGGACAAUGCGUGCAUUAUACUCAAGCUGCAUUAUACCGGUGUGCGAGGGUUAAAUGCACUAUCGGGUGGUGGUUUGUCACUUGCAACUACUAUCCCUUAGACAAUUAUGUUGGACAACAUCCCUGUUAG